AUGUCCAACGAUGCUAUGGCCGCUCCGGCGGUCGCAAGCCCAACUGUGGCUGAGGAGCGCAAGCCCAUUCACGCACUUGUUCUGGAUACCGGACCAUUGAUCAAGAAUGACCCUCCUGUCAGCACUUUGCUCGCACAGGCUGACGAGCUCUAUAUGCUGCCUUCCAUUGUCGACGAAAUUCGCGAUGUCAGCACCCGCACACGAGUACAGACGACCCUCAUGCCUUUCGUCAUACUCCGCAACCCCCGGACCGACAGCAUCAAGUUUGUUUCCGAUUUUGCGCGCCGCUCCGGUGAUCUAGAGGUUCUCAGCAGACCCGACCUACACUUGCUUGCGUUGACAUACGAGCUCGAACUUGAGAAGACUGGAAGCGACCAGAAUCUAAGGCAACAACCGGGUGCGCGGGCUGCCAAUGACAAGGGACCAAGCUCCAAUGUCCCGGUCACGAAGGCUGAGGUUGGCACAGGGUUACUGGGGAAUCCGGCUACUGAGGGCGAAGAGGUGGCAGAGCCGAGUCUGUUACAUGACGGCGCAUCUAUUGAAGAGAGUGCUGAGCCGACACAAACAGAAACCCAGCAAAGUGCGGCAUUGGAAACCUCCUCGUCGGACGCCGGGGCAACACAGAUUACGCAAUAUAUGAGCAACCUCGAGGUGGAUGACAAGACAACAUCUGAGCCGGCUGUCUCGACCGUUGCCGACGCCAACGAAGCUCAAGGGGAAGGAUCAGACUCUGAAGACGGCUGGAUCACGCCGUCUAACGUAAAGAAGCAUAAGGAGAUGGAUAGCAAGCUGCUACAACCGACUGCGCCUGCAAUUGAUAUCAAGGUCGGCAUCCUUACCUCCGAUUACGCCAUGCAGAACGUUGCCCUGAGAAUUGGGCUCAAUCUGCUGUCGCCGUCCAUGUCACGCAUCACCCAACUCAAGACUUGGGUUCUUCGAUGCCACGGAUGUUUCCAGGUCUGUAAGAAAAUGGACCGCCAGUUUUGCCCCAGCUGCGGGCAGGCCACUCUGAUUCGCACAUCUUGCACGACUGAGGAGGACGGCACCUUCAAGAUCCACCUGAAGCGCAACUUCCAGUGGAAUAACAGAGGCAACGUUUUCAGUAUUCCCAAGCCCACAGCUGGUACAGCCAGCGGCAAACUUUCUAAGAACGUCGGAGGCAAGAACAACUGGGGUACCAACCUUAUCUUCGCUGAAGACCAAAAGGAGUACGAAAGGGCUGUAGGUGACAACCGUCGGGCUCGGCGGAGGGAUCUAAUGGAUGAGGAUUACCUCCCGAGCAUUCUCACAGGUGACCGCCAAAGCGGCGCCAAUGGAAAGGUGCGACUGGGCCCGGGAAGAAACAUUAACGGUCGCAAGAGGAGAUAA